AUGGCUGCGGCUGGCUGCACGGCUGCCCCUCUGGCAGCGGAGCAGCCGCGGCACGCGGCGGCGGAGCUGCCCGUCGGCGCGGCGGCCCGCGCUGCCGGCGCCGGGCGGCUCCAGGCGGCCCUCACCCGAGUGGCCGACCUCGAGGCCCAGUGCGCGCGCCUCCAGGCGGACCUGGACCCCGCGCUGGUCGCCAGCCAGGCCAUGGUCGCGGCGGCCGCGCAUGCUGUUGCCCAGGGGGCCGACGGCGUCGUGGCCUCCCCCGAGGGCUCUGGCGUCAUGGACGGCAAGCGGGACCCGCUGCUGCGCGCGGACGUCCCCGAGGUCGUCGCGAGGCUGGCGCUGGUCGCGCCCGUCAUGGCGGCGGACCUCUUCAACGAGCUUGCGGCCACCCUGGACGUCGGGCGUCGGAAUGUGGUCUGCCAUCACCCGGCGGUCUCGGCGGCGGAGGAGGUCGCGGUCCUGGUGUUCUGCAUCGUGUUGCUCUUGCUGUCCUACGCCCUGCUGGUGCUGGCGGCCCCGAGCGACUGGGCCAUCGUUCAGGCCCGCCGCGGACGCAGUGCGCCGCCAGGCGCCGUCUUCGCGUUGGCCGAGCGUGCGAGACGGGCCACCGCGCCGAAGCUCUCGUCCCUGGCAUCGGGAGCGCGUUGGUGGAAGUGGAGCGCCGAGGCGCGCAGCGAGGCUGGCGACGCCUCGUCUGACGCUCCCCUCGGCGCCCAGGUGGGCGAGGAAGGCGGCGCCGCUGCCUCCGCCGACGCCCGCCCUCCCGACCCUGCCCCCGUGGUCCUUCUGGGUGUGCAGGUCGGGAGCCUGCCGCAGGAGCUGGAGUGCACGGUCAACCCGUCUUCCAGCCCGCCUGCGAGUGAGCUGAUGCACGAGGUGGCGCCCGACGCCCAGCCCAACGGCCAGUCGUCGCGCGAGCCCAGUGGUGGCGUGCUUCCUGAUGCUGAUCGCCCUCUGGCGGCGGCCGAG